UUUAUUGCUAAAAUCCUUUUUAUUUAUUUUAUUUAUCGUUUAAAGCGAAUAAAUUAAUAAUUUUUAUUUCAAAACGAUAUUAACUUUACAAACACACCCCGUAUAAAUGAUCUAUAUGUCAACAUUCCCAUUACAUUAACUUUACUAUGACCGUCUACAAAAUAGUGAAAGUUUCCUGUUGAAAAAACGAAAUCCGGCAACAAUGCGAAUGUAUAUGUCCCGUAUGGUAUUAGGUUUUUUGCUACGGUUGCCAUGGCGAUAAUCUUAUUAGAUCGAAUACGUUUGUGUUAGUGACGUUAAAGACGUUCUUUAAAAUAUAUGAAUAUAUAAAUAAAUAAAAAUAUGCCCGUGAUCGUUACCGAUUUCCAAUGGAAACAAACUGAACAAAAAGUUAUAAUAAAAGCGCCGUUGAAAGGUAUUCAUCAUUCUAAAGUCGAUACGUUCAUUUCAAGGAAAUUCAUAAAAGCCACGUACGGGCACAAUUAUUUGGAAAUCAUACUUUACUCCGCCAUCGAUUUGGAACUGAGUAGUGUAACUCUAACUUCCACGGAAAUAGUUUUCGAUUUGAAGAAAGCCGACGGAAGGUUUUGGACAAGUUUGGAACCGAAUCUUACGAAAACGGAAAAAUUUGCGUUGAAAAAGGAAUUAUUGGAGGAGGCUUACAGGGAGGAACAGUCGAUUGAUAAAAAAAAGUCGGAGAAAAAAUGCGAAUUGAAAAGAUUGGCUGUCAAGAAGCAAAUCGAUAUAGAUUCUGGAAUAAAAGAGGCCAUUAGUAAGGUUAAAAAAGAAGAGGAGAAGCUGGCUUUAGGCGAUUUUGAUGAAUGGAAAGAAAAAGUAACUCGCAAAUUAAAAUCAUCCAAUCGGCCAAAAAUCUCAUCCGAUUCCCCUUCUACACAAAUCCCGAAAACCAGAACAUCAGCCACAACGAAAAUAGAUUUCACUCCGCGACAAUUCCCGACGCCCUGCCGAGAAUCCAAAUUAGAAGAAGAACACGAAUACCUAAUCAAACAAGCCGAAGCUCGACGAUCGACAGGCUUCGUCGGCGAAGACAUCCGACCGGAAGAACGCAAUCCCCAUUUCGUAAAAGCCAAAGGCGACGAUUUCCUCAAGCGCAAAAACUAUUUGGGCGCCAUCAGCGCCUACACGUACGGCAUCGGCCUCAGCAAGAACUUCGUCGACUUUUACAUAUCGAGAUCGGAGGCCCACAUGGCCGUAGGCAACUUUUGGAGGGUCAUCGAGGACUGCAGCGCCGCCCUGGAACUACUGACGCCGAUAUGCGAGGCCAAUUUGUACGAAAGGGCCGUUUGCAUCGGCAGAAGAGGACAGGCUCUAUGUCGAUACGGAAAAAGAAGACAAGGAAUAGAAGAAUUGAAAUACAGUUUGAGGUUAAUCGAUUCAGAAGGUUUCCGCCAAGCCCUCGACGAAGAACAACGAAAAUAUUUGGAAGAAUUAGAGGCGGAGAAGAAGAAUAAACAAGACGCAAUCGAUAAUUGUCGUUGAACAUCCCCGUAUACGCGGAUUUUACGUGAAAAACAGCGUUGCCGAUGUUAAAAAUUCAUUUUUCUACGUAAACUUUGCAUUAAACACUUUAAAUUAUUGACGCGAAAAUAAAUAUUUCGAAAGU